CAAAGCCACUGGGACAUCACGGCAUUCCAGUGAUGGAGGAGACUCCACACUUGUCCUCCGGUCGCGGCAAUUUGCUGGCACCGCUGAAUCUGCCCCCUGCCGUGCCUAAGGUGAAAGCCCCGCAAGGGCGACUGGAUGUCGAAGACGAUCGGUUGGUGUAUGUCUUGCCGAGAAUGGUCGCGCCGUGGAAGUUUCGCGACGAGGCUAUGUUGGAAGAAGUCAUCUGUGCAGAGUACGAGCGAAUGGCGGCGUUCAUCGAAGCAUAUCAGGCGCGCGAAGAAGCCGCAGCGCGGAUUAUGCGCUCACCAGGUCGACAAAAGAGAUAUCCCCCCGGGAGCCCAACUUUUCGGCAGGUCAUGCUGCCAUCCCUCACUGACGCUUCGCCCCUCGACACCCAACAUCACGUGCAACCUCGGGAGCGCGUGAUGCCUCGAUUCAUCCGGGGAACUAUCGAACAGAAACAAGCGUUCUGGGACGUCAUCGAUGCCUACCGCCGCCACCGCGCUGCGAAGGUCGCCGCAGACAGAGAGCGAGGGGUAUGUCCAUACGACUUCAAUCAAGCCGCCGCGGGACGACCAGAGCUCCUGGAGCAGCGUCACGUCGAAUGGGUCCGCCGGCGCGCGGUGCUGCACGACGUAUGUGACGAGAACCGACGGCUACGCCAGGAUGAAGCCGAGCUCCACAUCCUCGAGUCGACGACAGCAUUUCGGAUCGAGAGACGCCAUCGGGAGCAAGCACACGCCGCUCAUCGUGAACAACUGCGACGGGUGCUUCCCAUGGUGCUGGCGGUUGCGGCGGCGCAGUGGCUUCGACAAACCAUGUGGCUCCAGUGGCAAAACCACCGCCGACAUGUGUAUGUUCGAAAGUGCGCGAUGCGGUGGCGCCACCAAACGCAAGCCCACGUCGCGUGCUGUCGCCAUGCCGCGCGGUUACGGCACUGGCUCCACGAAAGCGUUCGCCUCAAGACGAUUGCACACCGAGUGUUUUACGCACUGCGCGUGUACCUCCGCCGCGUGACCCUCGUCCAGUCGCUAUGGCGGCAAAAAAUGGCCAUCCGCCAAGUCCAACUCAAGCGGCUCGAGGUGCAGUGGAGGUCUUUUGUAAACACGCCAGACGUGAACUACGACCCCUCCAAGCGCCUGCGAAAGGGGCUGCCACUCAAGUUUCCAUACCCCGAGAUCGACCCUGCGAUUCGCCACCAGGUGUUGUUGGAGGCGUGGCUCGAGUACGAAAGGCAGUGUCGCGCGCGCUUCCGAGCCCAAGAGGCAGACCUGCUGCCCCACCUAAUACAAUCCCUGCAAGGCUUGCACCCCGACAAGUCGAGGGCCGAGGUUCGCGCGAUCGCGGCCCGGCACUUCAUCCUUGGUUCCGUCCUCUCGACGCUUCAGUUGAUCCCGGGGGCACUCGCUCCCCCGAUCCCCACCGCCCCUCCAUCGCGUGGGGAAAAUGCGUUUGCCAUACUGCCGCUCUUGACGAAAGCUUACCAAGUACAACACCCCAACUGCGCUCAUGCGCCGCCACCAACGGAACCUGCUGUACUUGCUGCGAUUGCCGCGCCGAAAGACCACGACCCAAGGAAGAAAACGUUCGGAGUGGGACAGUCGAGUCGCAGUCGCACGAAGAAGUGAGCGCAACGUUAACAGAAUCAAAGCCACCAAUGUGCACAUGAGGGUGCGAAGACAAUCCUCGUAGAAAUAUGAAUAGUAGGUGGGUUGUGGCUACGUGGAGCUGGAAGGGACAGCACCGAGCUGCUCGACGGUUUGGAUGUCGCUCUCGCCUUCGUGGGACGUCGUGAUUUCCUCCACGGCGCCGAUCACGACGUUUUGGUAGCUCUCGAACGGGUCGACUUUCUCACUCAAGUAUGCUUCCAGGAUGUGCAGGAGGAAGAACCCGACGACGUUGGACCAGGCCGCACCCACGUCUGGCGACGCGUACUCGCCAAGCCAGUACAUCAUGACCUCGAUCAACGUGCUUGUGUACUGGGAAAAGUGGUGCGGGCGGAGGGACGUGAACGACCGGUGCCGGUGGCCGAGAAAGUGGCACCGGUUGACCACACGCCGCUGGUCGUCGCUACUGCUCUUGAGCAUGAACGUAAUGGCUUUGAUGAUGACUUCGCUUCGCUUGGCAAUGUCGGGAAAGACGUCUUCGAGGGUAAAGUCGCGCUGAAACAGGCGAAAGAAGAACUCGUCGUAAAACAACACGAUGCCCGACUUGCCGUACUGCCGCAUGCGGUCCGUGUUGGCAGUCACAAUCAGCUUCCAUGUCUUGGUGCAGUCGGUCAAGUACGCCUCGUUCAGGAUCGGUCGUAUCGGCAAGUUGGGAGGCAGGUAGUGCUGGACACAGUCGGAGGCGGCCAGCCCAUACGUGAACUCCCGGUACAGCACCUCCUCGACCACGAUCUUCUUCUCCUUGGACGAUUUCCCGCCCAUGUUGCGUUGCUUCUGGUGCGUGUGAACGUGUC